GUGGGGUCUCUGUUCUGCAUCAUCAUGCCCUCAGCUCUGCUGCUCCUCUAACAGAAAGGAAGAAAAUCUAACUGGUGUCUGUUGCAGCUGCUGCUCCUUCGUAUCUUGUAUCUACCAAUCAGAAAGAAACAGCGGUCUCAGCCUUAAUGGAGGAAAAGCCGAGUGGUGUCGUGACAGAACAAAGGAAAAUGUCCAGAUGACAGCAGGUGACACAUUCCCACUAUGCUGACAUAGCUGGUCAAUUGACAGCUCAAGAACACGCCCUUCCUGCUGAACACCCAUAGUGCAGCAAUGAUUGUUAGGAGGAAGGCUUGUGUUGCCUUGGUGAUCGCUACCAUCCUCUUCCUCAUGAUUGCCAGCCAGAGCAUUCAGAGGAGGUAUUUCCUGUUGCAGCCUGCAGCUCCGCCCAGAGGCCACAGCGCGCCCAGUGGCAGGAUGACAGCAGCUGAAUUCACAGGCCCAAUUUCAGGUCAGGACCCUCCUUACCUGAAACCUGAACAAAUUCCCUUUGGUCCCACUGAGGAAGAGAUAGUUGAGGAAGAAAAUUAUGACCUGUAUGUAAGUGUGUGUGUGUGUGUGUGUCUUUUUUUCAGGACCUACAUGAGGGUGAAAGCAAGAGUGCACGCUGAUAAAGACAAGGUUGUUGUGGUGAACCCAGUGUUCUUUAAGUAUGUUCAUGAACGUUGGAACGAGCAUCAUGGUCGCUACCCGUCCACUGGCAUGCUGGCCAUCGUCUUUGCUCUGCAUGUCUGUGACCAGGUGUCAGUGUUUGGUUAUGGUGCAGACAAGCAAGGAAACUGGCAUCAUUACUGGGAGAAGAAUCAGUUUGCCGGAGCCUUCAAGAAGACCGGCGUCCACAGCGCUGAUUUUGAGAGUCAGAUCAUCCAACACCUUGCCAACGAAGGCAAGAUCACUCUACACCUCAACACAACCACAUCCGUGCAGACAGAACAAGGCACCAACGACAGACUGGCACAUAAACUCAACUGACCUCUACCUGGCUGAUCGUCAAAACACCUGGCUGUCCUCUGGCACUCAAAAACCAAAUCUGAGCCAGUUUUUAGACCAUACAUUUGUUGUUUUGGGUAGAAAUUAGACUCCUGCACUUUUUCUGUCAGUCACCACAACUGCCUUGAGUCAGACAUCCAGGAAUGCUGGAUUAAUGAAUGUUGUUAAGCUUUUCAGACAGCUGAAUUACCUGUGGACACAUCUGUGAGGCUUAUCUAAUUUAGAGAUCCCCUGCCUCUUCCAACAUUUGCUGGCUGAAAGAAGUUAAAGCUCAACUCAAAAAAAUCAGUCUGUUUUUCUAGACCUAAAACCAACUUUCCUGACGUGUGCAACUGCUGGGAUAGACCACAAAGACCUUUGCUGUGAGCUGGAAACAACCACAAACUUUAUUUUAUCCUAUCUUUGUUUUUAUUGGAUUUUAUAGGUACACAGGGAUAACCUUUUUUCUUCUUCUUUUUUUAAAUGUUUUAAAUAAAAGCACUUUUUCCUUAAGAAGAAAUGGUGGAAAGAGGCCAAGUGAAGGAAGUGUUCACUUGGCCACAUACGAUUUCUUGCAUUGUAUAUCAUUUAUAAUCCCUCCAUUUUAUUUGAUCCUAAUUUUAACACAAACCGUCCUGACCUAGAAGAUCACGACAAACUUUUUAAGCCUUGUUACUUCUGCAUUUUCAGAAUGUAAGCCAAUGAUACUUGGAACUUCCUGUCCGUUCUUGGUUCUCAGCCUGUGUGAUUCAGCAGUCUCCUGCAGUCUCAAGGUUUGCAGCUGAUUUAAUCCAAAAUAGGGAGAUAUUAGUUUGGUUUACUUUUCUAAUCAAUGCACAUAAGCCCCUGUUGUAUCCAACCUUCAUGGGAAAAGUAAAGUCAGGAGAACCAGUCCUUCUGUUCCACGUCAAUACAAAAAUACUCAAAAUGUGGUGAUACUUGAAACCUAAACUUAGUUAUUGGAAAUAUAAGGGCUGAUAUUGGCACAUCGCAGGUAAUAUCACUGUUAGUCUGCAUGUCAGAUACACUUCAAUAUGGAAACUUGUGUGUAAUGUGUACACAGAAUGAAAGGUGAGCGUGACGACCUUUAUACUCUCUAAGUAAAGUUCCAGGAGGUUAAUUUUGCUUAGGCUAACAUAGCUUGUAACUUGAGCUAGGUGCACCUCGUGAUGAUUAUUAUUAAAUAAACUCAGCAAAAAGCAUGUAAAUUCAGUGUCAGUAUAAACUACCAAUCUUCUUCAGAUAUGCUUCGGUUAUUGAAGCAUAGGAAAGAGGGAGGAGGGCUAUGUUAUAUUAACCCCGAUUCUUUUGUCCCCAUGAUAAUUAAUAGGCUGGUGUGAAAAAUUGCUGCCACACCGCCCCCUCGGCCUGUGCUUCGACAUUUCUGGUAGUUAGAAUGACUCGGGGGUGUUGAUUCAUUUAAACUAACAUAAUCAUCCGGCUGCAACCAGGUUUCUGUAAGGCAGAGUAAAUCAAUUUGUUGAUCAACUAUUAAGUCAUGUACUAACAGAGACUUUGAGGAGAGAAACCUAAUAUUUAUUAAUCCACAUUUCUCUGUGAACUCUUUGGUUCAGAUGUGGAUACUGUAUUGUUCUUUCAAUCCCAGUUUAAAACCACUCCUGACUUCCCUCAGUGUACACUGUAAACUCCAAACAGAUACAAGUAGCUUUUCUGGUAAAAGGUCCUAGAUUAUUUUGUCAACCUUUGGUAACAUCCUCUAUAGAGUUAACCUGUUUCAUCUUUAAACUUUAGGCCUGGUUUCCUCGCCCCCUUUAACGGGUAGCGCAUAUCUUUUAUGCUCACAUUUAAACUGUCUUACGAGCUUUUAAUCUCCUAAACACAUCUUCUGGAACAAUGGUUCUCUGUGCUUCUUUUUGGGGUCUGAACACCGUGGACUUGAAGAGUUAAUAGCAGGCAAAAGACAGUGCAACUGACCUAUAACACUGAAGGGUCAAGCAGCAGCAUGUAUGAAUACCACUGAUGGAGCUUUGAAUCACAAGCUGGAAACUUGACAAGUGACAUGACUGUUUGAAGGCACUGGACGUGAUAUUUGCCAUGCUGGGAGUUAACCUACAAGAAAAGGCUGAAAGAUUAACAGAGAAGAAGAAACAGCUGAGUUGGGCCUGUGUUUGCUGGAGAUUUGAAGGCCACACAGGACACUGUGAGAAGAGGGACGGGGACCAGUGAGAGGUCAAGCCCGGACGAGUUUGAGUGAGAGAGUACAGGAUAUAAUUGGAUUGAAAAUGGAGGCUGAACUCAUGGAGGUUUAGGAUUGUCCACCACAUCACAAAAAAAAAGGAAGAGAAAGACAGAGAAAGAUAAAUACAUGAACUAACAAUUACGUGAAUGAAUAGAAAACACACAUACACAAAUUGUUACAUGUGAAAUUAUUUUUGGAAAGAAUCAGAAGUGCGAUAGUUUGAAUCCACAGCUCAGUGCAAGGAUGCAUGAAUUAAACCUGACUAUAAAAAUACACAUGCAAUGAAGAAGCAGCUUACACUCGACCUCUUUUCCCGAAAAUCAAACUUGCAGCGUAACAUCUCACAGUCCAUGUCCACACUGGGGACGAAGAAUGAGAAGAAUUCAUCUGUGAGUGGCAGCCGCUGAUCUGGUCUCAAUGUCAACUCUCCUGAUGUUAAGAAGAAAUUCAAAUUGGGACACAAACGAACCGGGCGGAAACACCAAAUAUUAACCCCGAUUCUUUUGUCCCCAUGAUAGAACAGAGAAAACCGACCCAUAGUGUGUUAAAACAUUUAUAUUUCUUUUUAUUCAAUCAUCUUCCAGAAGAGAGAGACCCCUGCACAGCCCAAAACACCAGUCUCAGGAUCUCUAACAUUAGAAUCAUAAACUGUGUCUCAUAUAGAUAUUAUUUUGGUACUUUACACGUCACAGUUUCAAUACAACCAUUGCUUAUAUGGCAAAGUUUCUCUUUUCUGUCUGGCUUCCUAUAUAUAUUAAUAUGCUGUACAGCUCUACACUUCCUGUUUUCAGUCUGGCUCAGCACUUAGUUUAUGAGUCAAAAGUGGCCUUUUCUCUACAAACCUUCAUUAUUAAAGUACAUAAAACAAUAUAAUAAGAAAAUAAGGAUACUAAGGAUAUAUUAAUUACACGACAGUUACCAGCUGAUGUUUGCAAGCCUGGUUACUAACUAGACUUUAGAUUAGUGUUAAGCAACAGACUGAGAAACAAAAUCCAAAAGCAUGCAAACUUUUGUUCACCAAAAUUGGACCACAAACGUUUUUGUUGCCUGAUAGUACAAUCAGGCACAUCAGGCCAUGUUAUUCAAAUUUGGCAGUUAGAGCUGCCUACAUGUGAUUUUAUUUCAUUUCGAAGCUAGCCUCAAGUGGCCUCUAGAGAAAAGCAUUUCUACUUUGGGUUUCCUUCUUGACAUUAAGUAAGAAAUUCUAUAUUAGUAGCAGUCAUCACAGUAGUAUGAGUAGUUUCUCCUUGAGAACAUGUGGGUUUUGUAAAGAUUGGGGGAAAAGGAGCAUGGCAGCUUUGAAGUAUGUCGACAAAGGCAGAUUCUUAACCAAGACAAAAUGCUGACUAAUGGAUGCAGUGUGAUGCACUGUCCAGAAACCAGUGGGUGAUGUCACAGAAACUAUUAUGUCUUUUAUAUAAAGUCUGAGGAAUCAUGGCGUUUGGGCUUCACACAGUUGGGUCACAUGUGCCAUCAUCGACGUGGGCAGGAGGUAAAUAUAGUAUUAGAUUCUGGGCUUAAGACCGGUGAAAACUGGGGGACAUUUUUAUCAUGUUUUUAUUUUUUAGUGGACUUUUUAAGGUUGUCAUGAAGAGUCUGUAAUUUGUCUCUGAUCUGCCCCCUACUGGAUGUACUUUUUAAACCACAAGUUCAUGAAUGCAACUGUUUGCUUUGUAAUUCUGUGCAUAUGUGUACUUUAAAAAAAAAUGGCUGUUAUAAGAAACAAACAGCCUGCUGUAGUAAUGAGGUUGGCGUGUUAACAGGCUGUUCUAAUGCAACAAAAACGUGCAUAUUUGUGGUGACAAUGUAGACGUAUAUAUACAAAUAAGCCAGUGUGAAACCACCCUGAGACUGAUGUUCAGUGAAAAGCUCAAUCUGCUCCAAAGAAAAAUGUUCAUACAAUGUGUUGUCCAACACUCCUCUUUACCAAGUAUAACUGUACAAAGUGGGUAGGAUUUUUUUUUUUAAAUUUAUUUAUUUUAUUGCCUCAAAGGAAAACAAAAGUCAGAUACCAAUAAUGGAGGAAUAAAAAAAAAAAAAUCCUUUGAGAAUCACAAGCAGGCUGAGGACUUGCUGAAUUUUCAUUUGGAGGAUGUUGCUCUGUCAUUGGUGUUAGCUUGAGUGAAGCGUUUACCCUUAUCUGUCUGGAACAAGUCAGUGUCUUGUAAAUCCAACUGCUGCAUCGCCAGAAGCCUUAAUGUUAAUAUGAAACAUCUGCUGCUUGCUCUAAACUUUUUCCAUUCACUGCUAAGAUCUAACACUUUGUUGCCUUGUCCAGGAAGGGAAGGAAACUUCCUGCCAAAUUACCUGGGAAAUUAUCCAGUUUACACACAGAUGAGGAAUGCUUUAAUGUGCCAUAAAACGACAGAGCAGCAGCCCUUCUGAGUCCUGAGCUGGAUUGUUGUAAACAAGUUUACUUCCUCAUCUUUAACAGAGGAGUUUGUUGUGACUUUAAAUCCAAAGUUGUGCUCAAUGACUCUCUGCAGUCUUCAAAUGUAGAGUUUUAUUUCCAUUGCUAGGUGCAGAUAAAUCCACUUAGUCAGCUGCUCGUAAUUCCAUUAUAAACAUCUGUACAUGAGCUGUAGAUUUAGUACAAAGUGACAACAAGUGACCAAACGUGUUCGGCCUGUGGUACCAUAGCUUUAAUUCGGCUCGUCAUGUAAGUUUCAUUUAACAAACUUGCUGAUUAUCAGUCCAUUUAUAGAGGCCAAACUGACAGAAGCAUUGAAACAACAGAUAAAAAUCCUGAAUCCACCGCUGUCACUUUGAAUGAAAUAAAACAUUUUUAAAAAAACAGAAUUCAUGGGUUUUUGUUUUUCUAUUUGAAAAAUUGUCCGUACUCUGGAGGUAAGAGCUGAACUGAUCGUCUGUGGAGUUUGUCUAUAAAAGCUGAUUCUUACGCCAAUGAAUUUCUGCCACUAUGCCAAAUUCUUUUCUUUUCUUUUUUUUAAAUGAAGAUGCUUUAACAAGAACUGUUUUCUUUCAUGAAAAUGUUUUAGAAAAAAAAAUCAAGAAGUUUAUACAAAGAUGCUAUAAGGAAAGGUCUUAUUACAAUCCCUGGCAAAAUUAUUUUAGGGAAGAAAAAAAAUGUUCUCCAACCUGCAAAGCUCAUCCGUCAGCUGUUACACAAGAAAGCUGGAAUCAGCUUGAUGGAGAAUGUUUCUUUUCAUGGAUGAAACCCAGUGUUGAUGUUAUGGGCGAGCUUUGGGGGUCUAUUCACGAAGGUCAGCUGAAUUCUACUGACAUUUUUCAACAAUGUUUAAUUUGAAUCAUGCUUGACUUACUGCAGCUCAAGUUAAUUAAUCAGUUAACAGCAGCUCAUUGCUUCUACAACAACUGCAGUAACUAGUUUGACAUUUGGAGGCUCACAUGGGCCUGUGUAGGUUGGACUUGUGGAAGUACUCUCCUUAGUGUUUCUUUGGAACUAAGGAGAGGUCAUACAUCCAGAAUUAUGGAUACGGUUGCUCAUUUUUCUUUAAAGUUUUGUGUACACACACUUUUUUUUUUUUAGAUGUUUCUUUUUAAUAACAGAGCAAAAUGAGUUGAGCAAAAUGUCUCCUUGUCAAAACUAGUUUCCCUUCCAGUACAUGUGCUCAGGCCAUUGCAUAAGCCUGAGGUGAGGUACUUUGAUGAUCUGCUUUAUCAAAAAAGUAUUAUAUUUGGUUGAGGCAUGUUUCAUAAAGCCAGAGCAAUUAAACAAUUUGUUCAUUUGCUAGACAGAAGACGCUUUUUUACUCUUUUUAAUAAGUCCAAACGUUUUGCCAGGGGUUAUAAGCUGAUAUGUUGUUGUAACCAGGAAUGGAAGUAGUAAAGUUGAGUGGCCACAGGUCACUAAAGUACAAAUAAUGCCUUAAAAAGCAAAAAGUUGUUCUAAAUUCAGUCUGAAUGGGUGUUAGUUACAUUAUGCUAGGAUGUCCAGUACACAAUUCCCUUUUUGUUUUGUUUUUUUGCUUCAUUAAAUGUACCACAUAACAUGGUGCCUCAGUAGAACUUAUUCUAUAUUUUACUAAAAGUUUCACUCAAAUCAUACAAAAUGUGCUAUAUGAAGUUCCGGUGCUUAGCUCACUAUUACGGACUAAAUAAAAGAAUUACACAAACGAUUAAUGGGAAAAUAAAACAUGUAACAUUAAAAACUCUUAUCCAAUUAUUAUUAUUAGUGAACAUACAUUAAGAAGAUUUGUGUUUUCUCUUAAAGCUUAAAAGUCAUAUCCAACACAUGCAGGUUAUGCACAAUGAUUAAAUUCUACUGUCUUAAAGUA